AUGGCGUCGUGGAUAAAACCGGUGCUUAUCUCGACUGGCUUCAUAGCCAUGGCUAUGCAUCUAAAAGUCAUUGUUCCUGUUGUGGCCGUAGAUUUCUCCAGAGGUCCGAUCCUUCUGAGUUCAUUUCUCUCGUGGCUGAAACCUCCGUAUCUCUACGUCAUCACCAACGUCAUCAUCCUCGUCAUCGGAGUUUCUUCCAAGUAUUACCAUAUCAUCUCCAGCAACAACGACGGAAAGGACAACCAGAAUUCAUACAGCGGCGACUAUAAGAGUCAUCAAACUGAGCAGCAUAACGUCCACCAAGAUCCUCCGCGGCGGCCGGAGACGAAGGAUACGGAUUUCAGUUUCGUCUCCGAAAUUCCGCCGGCGAAGAUCAUCGUUGAGAAGAAGGAGAAAGUAGAGGUGGUUACCAAGAAGCUAGCGGCGACCGUAGAAAAGGAAAAUAAGAGUUUAGUGGUGGUGGCGGAAUCGAAAAAUCUGACUCCGGUGGAGAAGCCUCUGGUUACGGCGAGGAUCGGCCAACGGAAACCUGCCGUCAAGACCACCACAGCAGAGCGAAACUCAUUGAAAGCGCUGAGAGUAGCAAAGCCAAAGAGGCACGAGACGCUAGAGAACACGUGGAAGAUGAUAACCGAAGGGAAGCCGUUGACUAGUUAUUACCGGAGACCGGACACGUUCGGUAUUGGCGUUGGUGAUUCGAACAAGACAAAACAAACCGGUCUGAAGAAAGUGGAGACGUUCGGUGACAGAACUAACUAUUACCUGUCACCGGCGGUGUCUCGGAGUAGAGAUGAGCUGAAUCGAAGAGCAGACGUGUUCAUCAAAAAGUGCAACGACGAGAGGUUCGCGUCGAUGAGACAGGACAAAGAAGUGGCGCGACGUGGUCUUUCGUAUUGA